GGCUGAGUUAAAUAGACUGCCGCAUUCCUCUUUCCAUCAGUCAGACCACCUCCCCCGGAUUCCUUCAACCUCAGCAGAGAAAGGGUAAUCUACAUUGCCAAGAUGCCGGAGCAAUUACAAGAGAAGCGAAAGUCGAAGAUAUCAGCCUCCCGUAAGCUCAUGCUAAAGAGCUUAAUGGUCGCCAAGGCGAAAGAAGAGAUUGAGCAGGAGAUUGUGGACAAAGAAGCAGAGAAGCAGAGGUAUUUGGAAGAGAAAGCUCCUCCGUUACAGAUGGGUGGCAUGUCCUUCUCUGAGCUCCAGGAGUUAUGUCAGCAGUUACAUGCUAAGAUCGAUGUGGUGGAUGAAGAGAGAUACGAUAUUGAAGCCAAAGUCCUCCACAACACCAGAGAGAUCAAGGACCUGAACAUCAAGGUUUUGGACCUGAGGGGGAAGUUCAAGCGGCCCAACCUGAGGAGGGUGAGGGUUUCUGCGGACGCUAUCCUUCGCUCCCUCUUGGGCUCCAAACACAAGGUCUCCAUGGACCUUCGGGCAAACCUCAAGUCAGUCAAGAAGGAGGACACAGAGAAGGAGAAGACAGUGGAGGUGAGUGACUGGAGGAAGAACGUGGAAGCCAUGUCUGGUAUGGAGGGCAGGAAGAAGAUGUUUGAUGCAGCAAAAGGCCCAGCUCAGUAGACCUGAAAUAGUGUUUCAUAUUUCUUUUAUUCAUGGACAUUGACAUUUUAUUGAUGUUUUGAACAGUUUUUUUGUGUGAGUUGAUCUAUGUCUUCUGUCAAUGCCAUUAAAAUGCUUGAAUUUACGGUUUAGAAUGGCUUACACAAAACAAACUAUCCUGUAUGCUACUACAAAUACAAUCACAAGUUUUGCUUCAUCCAUAAUGUCAAUAAUUCUAAUUAAUAAUUAUUAUGAUCGAGCAGCUGUCUAGUAGGUACAGCCAUGGUCCGUUCUAGCCAUUGUGAUUACAUUCAGCACAGCAUGACUUAUGCCAUGUUCAAAUGAUAUCUGAAUGACUGAUGAAAAAAUGGGGGCCCCAUGGAGUUGAAGGAUGCGUGACCAAUUUGUAUUUUGUCCAUGAUACCAACAACAAAAAUUGUUGACAUGGGAUCAUUGAAUGACUGUCAUUGACUGAUAUUUCAAGUGGAAAUAUACUAGUGCACAACUAAAUUGCAAAAUAAAAUUGUUUUGGGGGCUGAUGCUUGAGUCACAUAUUUGCUGAGUCAGGAAGUCAGUCUUACUUAAAGCUGUAGAUGGUGUAGAUUUUCUUUUGCUAUUAUGGAUGCAAAUGUGUUGAUUAGUAAAUUAACCUUUUGAAAACAUCAACUCCUAAUGAGUGUUUGGCCCUUGAGACACAGUUGAAACUGCUUCAAUAAUUACUAAGAUUAAUAAAAGUACAUUCCGUCCACACAACUAUGUACACAAUCCUUUUGCUAUAACAGAAAAAGUAAAAAUGUAUGUGUGACUGAAAUGAAAUUAUUACCAAAGAGA